CGCCCUCGCGCCACUUCAUUGGCUGCACUCCUCGCCUUCGUAUUCCUACCCACCUAUGAACAGGCGCCUUCCACCUGCCGGCCGCAGUGAUUGGCUGACACCCCCAGCCAACCAAUACGUCAGCGGUGGCCCCGCCCGUCAGCGCCCACCAGAUAUGCAGGCAGCUUGGGAGGGGGGGCGCAAGGGAUGCUGGGAGCUGGCGCAGAGGGUUUUGGGGGCAGUGUUGCUACCCAGGCCUGUGAAGGGCAAAGCCCUGCAGGAAGUGUGUGCUGGCCCGGUCCCGCCCCUCCACUUCCUGUCCUAAACCCGCUGGUGGCCAAGCUGCAGCGUGCCCAAGGGCCCCACCGGGGUGCCACGAGGCCCAGAACCCGGCUCCCCCCAGCCCCGAGGCGCCGGGCUGGGAUGGCGGGGAUCGGACCCAGGCCCGCAUGGCUGUGGCCGAUCUGUGGGCCUGAGAGCGGAUGUGCAGAGAAACCCCCGGGCUGCAGGGGAGGGACUGGGCCGGGGGCCAAGCGUGGCCCAGCGGCCGGAGCGGCUCUGUGACCUGGGGGCCGGGCUGUGGGGCGCAAGCAGUUUUAAUGCCCGCCCCGGCUCUAGGGCAUCCUUCACCUGCAGGCUCGGGACGGAGGACACCAGCGCCAUCGCUGUCCCCUGGUACCCAUAGGGGAAACUGAGGCUCAGGGAGGCAGAGUGAUGUGGCCAAAGCCACCCCGGAGGCUGGUGGCAGGGCCGCGGGGCUCCUCGGUGCGUGGCUGCGGGUCUGAGACUGCGGCGGCACCGCACUCUGGGCAGCGGUGGGGACUGAGCGGGCAGAGCCCUGGGUGCAAGGGCCCUGCUGGGGCGAGAGCUCGGUGCCGGGGAACCCGCCGGGGCCAGAGCAAUGGCUGGGCCCAGGGGUUGAGGCUGCCACUGCCAGUGCUGUCUCCCGGGAUCCUGCGACAGGACCGAGACAACGCCCCCUUUAUGCCACCGCGCCCGGCACCUCCUCCCCGCCCAUGCUGCCUGCUGCGGGGGGGCAGCGUGACACAGCAGCCGGCGCACACAGGGCCCCGUUGUGUCCCAGGGCCUCGCCAGCGUGGGGGCGAUCAGGUUCCUUUCCCAGUGGCCUGGAAUGCGGUGCCUGAGCCAGGGGCUGGGGAGGGGCGGGGGCUCCGGCUGCCUCUGUCGCCUGCUGCUGCGGGAGCCGAGGGGUGACUCAUGCUGCGCUGUCCCUUUAUAUAACCCCCCCUGCAAUGCAUGGAGCAUCCCCCCCAACGUGGGUACCCGUUUGCUCCCAGCCCCUGUGCCUGGUGCCCAUCCGCGUGGCCCUGGGCAAGUCACCGACCUCCCAGGGACAUGCCCAGUGGUGGGGCUCCCAGGGACAGGCCCAAGCCCCCAGACCCCACUUUGGGGCAGGACGUGCUUCCAACCCCCGCCCUGCUCUGCUCCAAGUCUCCAGCAAGUGGAGGUUGGUCAGUGCCAGCAGCAAGGGGGGCCAGAGACGGGCAGGACAAAGGGGCCAUUGAGGCCGUGGCAGGUGCAGGGGGAGGCCCUGCACUGCAUUGGCCAUGCUGUACCCAGGUGAAGCCCCCUCCGCGCCCGUGAUGAUAUAAGACGCCCAUGCCCGCCGCAGCCUGGGGAGCUGGGGCAUCGGCGGCUGCGCAGGGAUGGCUGCCGAGGACAAGAGCCUGGACGCAUGGCCCCUGGGGCUGGGGCUCAAGAGCCCCCCGUAUACUCUGCCCUUGGGCCUGGAGGCGCCCGCACCCUCCAGCCGCAAGCUGGCGAUCCUGACAGCGGGAGCCGUCUUGGCCCUGGCCAUCAGCCUUGUGGGCGUCCUUGUGGGCACCUACCUGGGCCGAGCUGCCUGCAGCCAGGGAGUCGCUGACGGCUCCCUGCCAGCCCAGGUGCACGUGCAGAACGAGGCGGCGCUGCUGCUGGCACUGAGCGAGCUGGGGGAGCGGGGCGCCGCGCCUGGCAUCACCUGUGACCUGAGGAACCACCUGAUGCUGUACCAUGGGCAGCCUGAGGGCUGCGUGGGCCAGAAGAUGGACCCCUUGGAGCAGCUGCCACCCUGCCGGGAACUGGAGAGCUACUUCCAGACUGUGCUGAGCAAUGCCACACUGGGACUAGGACUGGAGAUGGGCAUGGACGUGCAGAGUGUGGGCGCAGGGGCCCUGGGCAGCCUGGCUGUGCUGCUCUGCAGCAACAAGCCCACGUACCUGGUGGCAGCCAGCCCACCAUCUCCCCGGUACCAUGGGCACUCGGUGGCCUAGCGUGUGCAGGGAGGGGACCAGGCCGUGGCUGCCUGGAGUUGCUGGAUCCAUUCCAGCCACAUCCACAAGUACUGACCCUGCGCAUCUUUGCAAGGGCCUGGCCCUAACUGUGGGGGCCGAGGCCGCACAAGGUUUUGCAUCGUUUCUUUGCAGUGUAAUCCUAGCAAUAAACGUAGAUCUGCACCUGA